CGUACAAUGGCUUUAGAACGAACCGACUUGCUCUGUAUCUUUGCUGUCAAAACUUAUUAAAGUAUGCGUUAUCAAAGUAUCUGUGCGAUAGUACAGCUGAGUAUAUAGAUACAUCUGUCAUCGAAGUAAUUAAAUCUUACUUAAUAAAUAUAUGAAUUUAGCAUAAAAAAUAAAUGUAUGUUCACAUACACACACGAUAAAAAAUAUGUGGGUUCUUCUAGACAAUUACCAAAAUAUAAAUUGAUGCACUUUAUCUGACAUCAAAAUGAAUGUUGUUACCGCUUUGAAGUUUUAUAUCACGAAAAUGACAGAGGACAGUGGUCCUGGUAUGAAAAUUUUGCUAAUGGAUAAACAAACGACAAGUAUAGUCAGCUUACUUUAUAGUCAAUCUGAGAUAUUAAUGAAAGAAGUAUAUUUAUUCGAACGAAUAGAUACUGCUGUACAUAAUGAUACUUUAAAACAUUUAACAUGUAUAGUAUUUGUAAGACCAACUAAGGAAAAUAUCGACCUACUUUGUAAAGAGCUUAAAUAUCCUAAAUAUGGAGCAUAUUAUAUUUAUUUCAGUAAUAUUAUUGCAAAAGCAGAUAUAAAGCUUUUGGCAGAAAGCGACGAACGAGAAGUAGUUAGAGAAGUACAUGAAUACUAUGCAGAUUAUCUAGCGAUUAAUCCACAUUUAUUUUCACUUGGAAUAAAUGCCUGUUCUGAAGGACUUACAUGGGAUCCAGUGUAUUUACAUAGAACUGUUCAAGGAAUAACUUCGGUUUUAUUAUCGCUAAAGAAAUGUCCAUAUAUUAGAUAUCAAAGUAGUUCUAAUAUGGCAAAGAGAUUAGCAGAAAAAAUAAGGGAAGUGCUCAGUAAAGAAUCUAGCUCUUUUGAAUUCAGACAAGAAUCUAAUCCUAUCCUUCUGAUAGUCGAUAGAAGAGAUGACCCUGUUACACCUUUGUUAAACCAAUGGACAUAUCAAGCAAUGGUACACGAACUGCUGACAAUCAACAAUAAUCGCGUUAAUUUAUCUCAUGUAAAAGGCAUUUCAAAAGAAUUGAAAGAAGUUGUUCUCAGUGCAGAACAUGAUGAUUUUUAUGCAAAUAACUUGUAUCUAAACUUUGGUGAAAUUGGGCAAACGAUAAAAGAAUUGAUGGAGGAAUUUCAAAAGAAAGCAAAAAAGCAUCAAAAAGUUGAAAGUAUUGCCGACAUGAAGCACUUUGUAGAAACAUAUCCACUUUUCAAGAAACUUUCUGGCACUGUAUCGAAACAUGUUACGGUAGUUGGAGAACUUUCGUCUCUUGUCGAAAAGCAUAAUUUAUUAGAAGUAUCAGAACUGGAACAGGAACUGAGUUGCCAAACUGAUCAUUCCUCGCAGUUGCAAAAAAUAAAAGCACUUAUCAAUAAUCAAAAAGUACGAGAUAUCGAUACCGUUCGGCUUGUUAUGCUUUAUGCACUCCAUUAUGAAAAAUAUGCGAGCAAUGACAUAAAUGGUUUAGUAGAAUUACUUAAAAAGAGGAAUGUUUCAGACAAAUAUAUCAAGCUUGUAUAUAAUAUAUUAGAGUAUAGCGGUGUUAAUACAAGACAGAAUAAUUUAUUUGAUCGAGAAGCAGUUGCCAAAAUAACUAAAAAACUAUUCAAAGGAUUAAGUGGGGUAGAUAAUAUAUACACGCAGCAUUGUCCUUUAAUAAGUGAAACGUUAGAGGACUUAAUAAAAGGAAAAUUAAGCACACAAGCAUUUCCAUAUCUUGGUAAUAUGAUAAUGUCACGAAGACCUCAAGAUAUAAUAGUAUUCAUAAUCGGAGGUGCUACUUAUGAAGAAAGUCUGGCUGUUUAUAAUUUAAAUAAGCAAAAUCCGGGAAUAAAGAUUAUUCUAGGUGGUACCACUAUCCACAAUUUUAAAAGCUUUGCGGAAGAAGUACACCAUGCUACUAGCGGCAUAUUAAUGCGAUAUAAAAUUGGAAAAAAUUAAGAAUGUUGAGAAAUAUCAUCAUAUAUCCCAAAAUAUUUAUUCCAUAUAUAUUUUGGUAUCUAUACAUCAUAUAAUAUCCUUUUCUCUCUUCUCACGAAUAUAGUGUUCCACACCAAGAAUUUCCAACAGAAAUUAUUGUAACACAUUACACGAAAUAAGAUGUACUCUCUUUCUUUUGCAGUUACAUAUUUCCUAUUUUUAUCAUGAAAACAUAAUUUCCUUUUUGCUAACUGUUAUUCAUCUUCCUCAUCAUCCAAUAUAUAUUCUGCCGACAUAUCUGAGAUUUCGUCAUCCUGUACUGGUACCUUUAACAAACAUGUAUUAUUUUAAUUAAUAUCGCAAAGAACAUAGAAAGAUAUGAUGUAUUAAUUGUUAAAUUCGUCUUUUCAUCUAUACAUUUGUUUUUAAAUAUGUAAGUUCAGUGUCAUUUUUUAUAGCAAUUUCUUAAUUAUCUUGAUAAUAUAUAUUAUUUCUACAUUAUCUUGUGAUAUAUAUUUAUUAUAUACAGGAUGCUAAAUUUUAAACGUAAUAGGCCUAAUAUCUCGAUAACCAAAUGAAAUAUCAAGGUCCGGUUUUUUUUAGGUUGUAUUGUUUCGAGGGUUUCGAGGCGGACAAAUUUUGAUAAAAAGAAUUUGACUUUGGACGGACGUGUCAAAAAAAAACCAGACCUCGAUAUUUCAUUUAGUUAUCGAGAUAUUCGGCCUGUUACGUUUGAAAUUUAGCACCCUGUACUUUUAUUAAACUUUAUGAAAAUUUUGUUAAAAUAAACUCCAUUUAAAGCUAAAUAAAAAAUAAAAUCUUUUUUCAUCUCUAAAAUUUAAUACAUUCUUAAUUGCUUAUUACUUAAUUAUUAUCAAUCUUAUUCUAAAUUAUUUAUAUUGUUUCAUGUUUGAUGUUGAUGUAUACCAUGAUAUAAAAAAAAUUAAUGGGCAUUAAAUAUAAUUGAAUGUUUUUAUCGAGUGUAUCAGUAAAGUUUUUAUAUCACUUCUCUCUGAGAUAUUUUGCAUAUAUAACUCUAUGUGUAUCUCUAUAUUAUUAUAUAUAACUAUUUACAUAGGAAUAUAAUUUAUCCAUUUUCAAACACACAAGCUAAAUACAAAUGAGCUACUUAUAAAUAACUGAUUGUGCAUAUGUAUGUGUGUGUAAGUAAAUAAACUUAUAAUAAUG